GAAAAAAUAGCGUGGAUGAAGGCCAAGAAGUCAACUAGCUUCCUUCCAGAAGAAUUCAAGGAAAAGAGAAAGAAGCAUAAGAAGAAGAAAGAGAGGCAUGUCAAGAAAAUCAAGGCCAAGAAGAGCCGCAAGAAAACCAAACAAAUUAAGCAUGAGAACAACAUGUUGGAGAAGGUGCUACAAAAUUAUCGCAAAAACAACUACAUUUCUAAACAUUUCUCAGAGAAGGUCACUGGGAAAGACAUUUCCCUGAUCAAGAAGAUCCUUGGCAAGUUGAUUGAGAGAAGCGAGAAGGAGACCAUGUCUCAGCUACCUGAUCUGUUUGAAAUGCUGGCAGAAGGAAGCGAGAUUGAUAUUGACGGUAUCGCAGAUGAGUAUGUCAAAAACAAGCUCAAUAAGAUUUUCAAGCUCAUGAGGUUCAAAAGAGAUGAUGAGAGAACACUUGUGUAUCGUAAAAACAAGAAAUAUCAUGAUUUCAAACUUAGAGAGUUCAUGCUGGUCCUUCUCAGAGAUGCGAAGGAAGAUUUAGAGAAAGCAGAAGAUGAAUCUGCAAAUCAAGACUCUGAAGCUAAUUCAGAAGAUUCUUACAAAUCAGGAGACUCAGGAGAUGAGGAGGAGGCCGAAAAGCCUGCUAAACCAACUCCUAUGUUUAAAGACUCUGCAUUCGAUGUAAAUGAGGGCUUGAUUGGGCCAGCAAUUCCUGAGGGAUUCAAACUUCAAACAGACGAGAUCGAGAAAGAAGAAGCUGAUGAUUAUCUUGACGAAACUUUGAAAAUGAUGAAAAAGGAUGAGGAAAAAGAUAAAGGAAUUGUAAGCGUAAUUGAAGAAACUAUCAUGGGAAUUUUCGGAGACAAGAAGCAGCUUGAAGAUAAACGGCGGGCUCAAAAAGCCAAAAAGCUUACAAUUGGGGCAAAGGUAGAGGAACUAACCACUCAACAAGAAGCUCUUCGCCAGAGAAAGCAUACGAAGUUCAUGGAUAGCUAUAAUCAGGAACACCGUCCAAAAUCUCUUCUUGAAGAACAUGAAGCAAAAAUGAGGAAGAGGGAUAAAAAGAAGAAUAGAAAGGAUAAAGACGAUGCUGGAUUUGCUUCAAAAGAUACCUUCAAAGCAAUGUAUGGUAGCAACAACAUGGAUAGCAAAUUUGACACUGAUAACUCAAGAUUUUUGUAAACACUAUGUAGAC